AUGGAGAUGUCGGUGUGUGAGGACGGCCGCACUUUUGUGGAGGUGAUCAAUGAAAAGUACAGUCCAGAGAACUUUCCGUGCCGCCGAGGCCUUGGCAUGGGGGUUGUGGUGGUCCCCACUGCAUGUCCCCAAGGUUCCCCCAUGAAAGACCGUCUAAACUUGCCCAGUGUACUGGUGUUGAAUGGAUGUGGAAUCAGCAGGGCGGGAGACCCGAGUGAAAUUGCUGCCUUCUGUGCCCAUGUCAUGGAGCUGGACUUGUCCCAUAACAAGCUGCAGGACUGGCAUGAGAUUGGUCAAAUCGUGUCAAAUCUCCCGAAUUUGGAGUUCCUUAACUUGAGCUCCAACCCGCUAACAGGGAUGCCUCUUGAGCCACAAUGUGCUGAAGCCUUUUCUCGGGUCCGACGACUCGUCCUUAACAACACCCAAGUGUCCUGGGACACUGUGAUGGUGCUCACCCGUGAGAUACCAGAGCUUGAAGAGUUGUUCCUGUGCCUUAAUGAGUACAGUUGCGUGCGAGCUUCCAGUGAGGCUUGUCCCAACCUCCGCCUGCUUCACAUCACAGACAACAGCUUACACGACUGGGCCGAAGUCCGCAAGUUUGGAUCCAUGUUCCCUGGCCUAGACACUCUGGUCAUGGCCAACAACAACUUGGCGUCCAUACAGGACAGCAAGGAUAUCCUGCAAUGCCUUUUCCCCAACCUUCGCAGCAUCAACCUCCACAACUCUGGUCUUAAUCGAUGGGAAGACAUUGAGAAGCUAAACUUCUUUCCUAAGCUGGAGGAAGUACGAUUACAGGGCAUCCCAUUACUACAGACGUACACCAAUGUGGAGCGACGCAGCCUGAUUAUUGCACAGCUUCCGUCUAUAUCACUCCUAAAUGGCAGUGUUGUAACUGAAAGUGAGAGAGAAGAUGCAGAGAGAUUCUUCAUCCGUUACCACUUGCACUGUCCUGAAGAGGAGCUGCCUCACAGAUACCAUUUUUUGGUAAACAAGUAUGGAAAGUUGGAACCUCUGGCUGAAAUCGAUCUUCGACCACGCUGCCAUGCUCAAGUUGAAGUUCACUGUGAAGAAAGAGUGGAACAGGUAAACAUUCGUUUGGACCAGACUGUGGCUGAACUGAAAAAGCAGCUAACAUCAGUGGUGCAGCUGUCUACCAAUAGCAUGAGGCUGUAUUACAUCGACAAGAACAGCGCUUUCGGCCCGGAAGAACUCAAGUACAACACACGAGCUCUUCACUCCUACAGUAUCCAAGACGGCGAUGAGAUACUUGUUGUGCCCAAGACCAAGUGA